UGUGCCAGCAGAACGGGGGGAUGCCUUUCCUCCCUGGUAUGUUCCCAUUCGCCCUUCCAGGCGCGGGGACCAUGCCCCUACAAGCUCCGAUGGCGGUGACGUCGUUCCAGACGCCGAUGCCGCAACCAUCACCUUUCCAGCCCCAGCUGGUCAGCACCAUGGCCCCUGUCAACUUGGCCGGUGCACUUAACGCUGCAGGGCCGUCGCGUCCCCCGCAAGCUACGGAUCCGCAGAUCACUCCUGACGGUCAUUGCGUCUCGAUUGAGAGCGAUGACGGCGAGUGGGACAUCCCGAGGGCCCACAAGAAGAAGAAGGGAAAAACUAUCCGUCCGGCAACUUCUCGAAACUCCGCCUUCGAAAGGUUGGGGGAUAGGGAAGAGGGCCAGAGAAAGUCAGCCAAGCUGAGGCUCGGGCAGAGCAUUGCCCAUGUCAACGGGUUCGCCCGGUUAGGUGAGGGAAUGGAGGCCAAGCCUGCCCGCACCCAAUGCUCCCGGUCAAACCGGCGGGAGCCAGCAAGGACGAGGGCCUCUCGUCAAGAAGAGGAAGCGGAGAGCCAACCCAGGUUACCAAUGGCUAACCGGUUAACCAUCCCCAAUGAUCGCGUCCAGCAGAUGGAGGCAAAAUUGGAAAGGCUGGAGAAGAAAGUCGGUGAGAAGAAUGACCGGGACAAACCCCUCGCAGGGUCCCCGUUCACCACAAGGGUCCAUCUGACACCUUUCCCGCGAAAGGUCAAGAUCGACGCACCUAGAUUUACUGGUAAGGAGGACCCAGAAAUCCAGUUGGACUCCUUCAAUCAGAGUGCAACCAUGAAUGCCAGGCAGAGGGAGUCUGAGAACCUCACUCAAUUCCUUACCCGGUGGAAGGAAGAGGUGGACAAGGUGGAAGAGAUGGAUGACGAGACCGUCCUAUCCCUCCUCUUGAAUGGCUUGCGCGCUGGGAACUAUACAAGGAGCUCUGCCGGAAACCCCCAGCCACGUACCAAGAGGCCUACCAUACUGCAUGGGAGUUUGCUGAAGCUGAAACCCAGCUCCGAGCAAAGAAAGAAGCUGAGCAUGGUCACAAGUCCAAGCCGGUGCAAGUCAAGAAGGAAGAAGCACCGGGACCUAGCCGGCCGAGGCACCACUAUGAUCCGGUCAUCCGAGUGGUCAAUACGGAGGAAUGCCAAGAAGUCCGGAAAGCACCGGUCAUUCUUCCGGCAAACCCUACCGGUCAAACAGGGCGGCAAUGGUCGGGCACCUAUUGUUCGUACCACAGAAUAUGAAGCUCUUGCCGGGGGGCUCAGACUUGCCCAAGCCUUGAAAGUCAGCCGGGUCAGUAUCAAAUCUGACUCUAGCCUGGUUGUAGGGCAGGUGGCUGGUAAUAUGGAAGUAAGGGAAGGAAGAAUGGCGCAUUACAAAGACUUGGUACUUGCGUUGUUGAAGGGGUUCGAAGAAUUCAAGAUUGCCCAAAUCCCCCGGGCAGAGAAUGCAGAUGCAGAUCUUCUCUCCAAAUUGACGCAGUAUGCUCCCGAGCAUGUUUCAAAACGUGCCCGGGUAGAGAUCCUUUACCGUGCAAGUAUCGAAAAAUUGGAAGUAGCCGCUAUAACAGCAGCAAACCAAUUUGACCGGUCAAACCUGGUCGGGGCGGACGACCAUUGGAUGUAUGACCUGAUGGAAUAUUUGAUCGAUGGGAGCUUGCCAGAACAAGAUGACCGGGCAAGAAAAGUGAAGCUCAGGGCACCCCGAUUCCAGGUUCUUGAUGGAAAGCUGUAAAAAAGGGCAUUUGGGAGGCCACUCCUGAGAUGUCUAACCAAUAGGGAGGCUGAACGAGUCAUAGCGGAAGUCCACGAAGGCGUAUGCGCGGCGCAUCAAAUGUCCCGUACGCUUUCCCAACGCAUCAUCUUGUUGGGGUAUUACUGGCCAACAAUUGUCCAGGAUUGUGAAAGGUACGUUCAGAAAUGCAGGACGUGCCAAGUAUUCUACAAGUAUCCUGGUAGACCGGCGACCUACUAUCACCCCGUAUCAAACGUUAUCCCAUUCGCUAGAUUCGGGGUU